CACCUCCUUUGAGUGAUAGAGAAGCAGGAUCCCUGGGUGCCUAGUGAAUUCCUUAUGUCUAGUUGGCCAGAAACCUGCAUUCCUUCUGUGUUGGUGGACAGCAGAGACCUCAAGUCCCAGUGGACUGGGUCUUUGUAUUUUGAGGCUUCUCCAAGGUCUUUUGUUUGUCUUAAGGUAGGCCUAUACCAUCCUUUCCGGGUGACCUGUGUGAGAUGGUGAUUGCUACAGAUUAUGGGAAGGGAAAUUGCCCAGAACACACAUGAGGUUUAAUCAUCUAAUCUGGCAAGUUCUCAAGUUUUUCGGUGCUUUACUCCCUUACAGCCGUCACCAUUUUAGUGUUUGCGUUUAAAGUAGCUGCAGUAGUUGUUUGGGAAAGCUGACAUCUGUAAAGCACCAGGGGGAGGCAGUGAUACCGUGUUGGCAAGAGGCUUCUAAACUAGCCUUGUUUCAGAGAGCAGUGUUAAGGCUGAAGGGCAGUGUGUGAUCAUCCUCAGUUUAGCUCUGUGAUUUACAACUAGUAUCAACCGUGUAGUCUUCUUCUGAAAAGUCUUUAAUUAUGAAUACCUUUGUUCUUAAACACCAUGCUGUCUGUGUUAAUAUCCUUCCCUGCUAGGCUGUGAGCAAGGGUCAUGCCUAGGGGAGGGUAUGCUGCCAAAAGGUGGCUUGACAACCCAUGGCUGGGCCUGUGCCACUUUGGACCUAGAGGUGUCAGCCCUUCACACUCAUGCCUUCUGGCACCAGACAUUAGUUCUUCCCUGGUCCAGGAGUGGUCUGUUGCAUUUAGGUAACUGUUUAGCCUUAGUUCCAAAUUCUUGUUUCCUGAAGUUCUCUUAAGACAGAAUGUUACCAGGUUUAGAGUGUUCUCUGUGAAAUCUCAACUCUUUCAUGCUGCCCCCUUUGGGGAGGUAGGGGGUUUCAAGACAGGCUUUCUCUGUAUAUCCCUGGCUGUCCUGGAACUCUUUGUAGACCAGGCUGUCCUCAACUCAGCCCCCUGCCUCUGCCUCCCAAGGGCCGGGAUUCAAGGUGUAUGUCACCACUUCCCACCGGAAAUCUCAACUCUUUAAGAGCUCAGAAAGAAAGAAAAUCUUACGAAGUGCUUGUUCUUAAGGUACAAGUAAAAAACCAGCCUGCUGUCUGACCACACGGUGUCGCACUUAGUUUAGCAGCUGAGAUGGCUUGCCAGGUUAGCCCCAGUACUCCUCCCCUCUUCCAGCUCCUUUGAGUGCUUAGUACCCACAGUACUUGUAUUAACCCCAAAGAAAAGGUAACUGUUUUUUGACUGGAUCAAGCAUGCUUGACUUUGUGUGUUGCCCUUCUUGGGAGAAGUCGCUGAGAGGGCAGUUGGGAUGCUAGACUGCCCUUCAUUAGAGCUUCCUUCCCAAAGCUCAUAUUCUGUUGUUUGUUCUUCAAGACAGGGUAUCUGUGUGUAGCCUUGGCUGUUCUGGAACUCGAUCUAUAGACCAGGCUGGCCUCAAACUCAGAGAUACAUCUGCCUCUUCUCUGGAAUGCUGGGAUUAAAGACACCACCACCUCCUGGCUUUUAUUGUUAUUUAAAGAAAGGAACACCUUGGAAGGAAAUUUCUCCAUCUCUGCCACUUCUUGUUCCUCUCCUGAGACAAAACAGCUCCCAGGUAGCCUUUGCCUUUGGGAUUUUUUUUUUAAAAACAGGGCCUCAUGUAGCUCAGGCUAGCCUGAACUUACUAUUUAGCUGGGGCUGGCCUUGAAUUCUCCUCUGUCUGCCUCCUAGGUGCUGGGAUUUUGGCCUUGUGAAUUUCAUUAUAGAGUAAGUGAGAGGGAGGAGUCUCCUUGCAUAGUAAGCCAGUAGGGUCCUGUGAAACUGUUUUCUCCAGGGCUUAGGGAAUGGGAGCCAGAUAGAUGUUGGACCUGAUUUUCCUGGGAGCUGCCUUGGUCAGCGUGGUCAGGGUUCUUGUGAACCAAAGUCGGAUACCUUUGAUUAUUUUUCAGGUUGUUUGUGGCAGAGAGAUGGUGAAGCUGGAAAACUGGUAACUUGAGUCUCUCCCUGUGACAGGCCAAGUCUAGCCUCCUAGCCUGCCUGCUUACGAAGUGCAAGACAGAGCUGGGAAAACCCAUUACCAGACACCUAAGAAGGUUAGACCGCCAGGAUAGAGGUAGACAGAGGAACACAUGCUGCAUCUGUGUAAAGGCGGGCUCUGGGUUGAUGCAACCCUGCGUCUUGAACUUGGGGCAUAGAGGUUGUCUUUUGACACACCAUGUAUAUAAUAUACAUAUUGUAUAUUAGUUGAGUACAGGUCGCCAUCAGGGGCCAAAUGCUGGGACAGAGUGCUCUCACCAGUAAACAAGGACAAAGACAUGAGCACUUGAGGCCUUGACAACUGUGUGAAACACUCCCAAGAGUCAGGUCUGCUGGAGAGGACAGUUUGCUUGGGUGGGAGCCAGGAACAAGAGGAAUGGGCACUUCCCUUACAUUUUCCCCCAUUCCAGCUUUGUUAGGCUUCUCUGACUGGAUGUGGCCUAAAGCUGGGAUGGCUUGCUUGGCCACCUUUCACUCUUCUGGUGUGGGAGUUGAGGGGGCUCGAUUCUAGAAUAUUCUCUUUUGUUUACCAAGGACCCAUAUCCACUGGAUCCAGUGUGUGUCGGGGAUGCAGCUCCUGAACAUUUAUAGAACAGUUGGAACCACUGGCUGGCUGUUCUUAGCCACAGCAUUUACUAGUUGGAGAUCAUCUGGCUAUUGGGAGCCCUGGCCUAGUCUCAGAAGGGCCACUACCUCAUAGUCACUGAGCCCAGGGUAUUCAUUGGCUUGGCCUCAGCUAACCAACUUGCAGCCUGAAGGUGAUUCAGGCCCUUUCUCUGGGGGAAAGGUCUUGCCACCGUAUCCCGGGUACUGGAGGGGAAAGUUAUAUUGGUCAGCAAACUCCUCCUCGCUGUGUAGCUUGGGCCUGUUGUAAACUCAUAGGAGGCAGGUCCAGGAGACUGACAGUAGAGGAGGGUAGAAUGUAGGAGUUGGCCCUGUGCCUGUUGAAGAGUAGAUAGACCGCCAGCCUCUCCAUGCUCUCCUGUUUUCAAAGAGGUUAGCUUGGCAGACUUCAUGUAAGCAGAGGAGGAUCGCUGGUGUGUGUGGGGGAAGGGGGUUCCAGCAACCAAGUGAUGAAGAUGUUCUACUUUUCCAGUGCCCUGUGUUGGGGGCUGAGGUUGGGACCUGCUUCUGGGCCGGAAUGAGGUGUGUGGGAAGGUCUGAGAGAUUUGUACACAGCUUCCUAACGUGGAAUGAAUCACUUGGGAUUCACUGCCCUGAAGGUGUAGGUAUGAAAGAUACCACAGAGAGUUGGUGUUAACAGCCUCCACCCCCUACCUCCAGCUUAACUAACAGGAAUUCUGCUGAGAAGAGACUAGGGGCUGUUGGGGCAGGGAAGAUGUCUCCCAGCUCCUCCCUACUCCUUAGAAAGCGAAAUCCAAGGUCAUAGGGGUCCCGCCCCACCCCGCCCCGCCCCGCCUUACCUUCCAGGAGAUGGAAGGGCUCCUGGUGAGUCCUCCCCUUGGAGCCUGAGAGGCCUAGGAAGGAGGGAGGGCUCAAUUAGUGGCGGGAGGAGGGGGUUGCCUGCAAGGGCACUGAGCAGGAGGGGAGGCCGGCGAAGACAGCAGCUCUUUGCUGCACUCUGGCUCGCCCUGUAGACUUGGCGCCAGCGGCGGCUGGGCUCAUCCCUGGGCCUCGCCCCCGCGCAGGGGCUCUGAAUGCCGCCGCCCCCAUGAGAACACUGGCCGGAGGUCCUGUCCCUAAGCCUCUGCUUGCGGAGACUGAGCCAUGUGGGUCUGGACCUGGGCUGCUGCAGCUCUUUUCUGGCUGCAGAUUACUGGAGUCGGGGCACGGCAGGAACACAAGAAGCCUUGGCAGCCGGCUGCGCGUGUGGAGCCCUCCAAUAUUACAACCUCCAACCACGAGGGAUUGCUGGGCUCCUUCAAGACAGCAGAGGCCUCUGGACCUGACCUCUCAGAUGCCCACAUGACAUGGCUGAACUUUGUCCGCCGGCCAGAUGAUGGGCCCUCAAGAAAACGGUGUCGUGGCCGAGACAAGAAUUCGCGAGGCCUCUCAGGUCUCCCAGGGCCCCCAGGCCCUCCUGGCCCUCCCGGCCCCCCUGGUUCCCCUGGUGUGGAAGUCACCCCAGAGGCCUUGUUGCAGGAAUUUCAGGAGAUGCUGAAAGAGGCGACAGAACUUCGAUUCUCUGGGCCACUGGACAUAUUGUCACCCCAGGAACGCAGCCAUCGGCUGGUGGUUGAGGCCUUCCACUGCCGUUUGAAAGGCCCUGUGCUAGUGGACAAGAAGACACUGGUGGAACUGAAAGGAUUCCAGGCCCCUACUACCCAGGGUGCCUUCCUGCGGGGGUCUGGCCUGAGCCUGGCCUUGGGCCGAUUCACAGCCCCAGUCUCUGCCAUCUUCCAGUUUUCUGCCAGCCUGCACGUGGGUGAGCCAGCAUACCAUAGUGAACUGCAGGGCAGAGGCCGGUUGCGUACCCGGGACACAGUCCGUGUCCUCAUCUGUAUUGAGUCCCUGUGUCAUCGCCACACGUCCCUGGAGGCUGUCUCAGGCCUGGAGAGCAACAGCAGGGUCUUCACAGUGCAGGUUCAGGGGCUGCUGCAGCUACAGUCUGGACAGUAUGUCUCCGUGUUUGUGGACAACAGUUCUGGGACAGUCCUCACCAUCCAGACCAGCUCCAGCUUCUCUGGACUGCUUUUGGGUACGUAGAGGAGCUGAAGAAAUGAUUGAGGAACCAACACCAUGCUUCUUAGAGGAGCUGGGAAGGACUGUUCUCCAGUUAAUA